AUGUCUCCCAGGACCAGCAAUGACCCCGAGCGGGUCUCUCACUCUCAGCCCAGACAGACUCCCAUGGUCUCAGGAAUGUCAAAUAUGGCCUCAAGAUCUUUCCAGGAUGAUAACUUGUCGAGCCCAGGCAACUCGUCUUUAUGCUCCCUCCACACAAGCCAUGGAAAUCCCCAGGAUAUGAAAGACUGGACUUUAAACACGUCAGAGUCUCUCGAUCAGGCCAUGUCUUCCAAGGAAUCUCCCCACGUGCAAUUGCUUUCUUUCUCGCUGUCUCAGCAGCUGAUGACCCCCACGGUCGGACCAAAUGAUGUGAUGUAUGCAGGCGUGGACUUCCCAGCAGUCUCAGACCUGCAUGAUCACAAUGAAAUGCCGCGGGACUUUUACUCCUUCGUGGAUCUGUCUUCCAUGGAUAAUGAUGUUUGUGUGCAGACGGGCACUCCAGAUGAUGCCCUCUCUGUCGCACACAGUUCCCACACUGAGGAUGGCCAAUUGAUUACAGCUCCUGAGACAUGGAAUGCCAUGAUGUCUGAUGGUCAAUACCCUGGAACCACUCUGGAUCAACUCUCGUCAAACCAUGCCGGUCUCUCCCCCCUCACAGAAGCGAGCAAUGACAUUCCCAUUACCUCUGCUUGCUCCCACUCUGGAUUCCCUUCUUUCUUGGCCGCUGAUGAUACUUUCCUCGGAGACUUCACCACGUCGCCAAUCGGCAACCCAGUGAUCAACCCAGCGGAGCCGCUGUUCCCCAACACCGCCCCUCUCAGCGAAAAGGACCCAAACAGGACCAUUAGGCCCUCCAAGCAGUCCCGUCGCACAACUUUGUCCGGUGCCCAGUCCCAGGUCAAGGCCGAAUCCGAAUUCUUCCCUCAGGUAAAGACCGAAGCGGAAUUUUUCCCUUCCCUACCGGUGAGGGAGCCAACCCGCCAGAGAUCUAAGGACAGUGUUGAGGCCCGCAACCCGCGAGACCACCACUACUACCAUCUGGCCCCCCAGAAUGAUGGAAAGUACCAUUGCCCGUUUUCCGUCGGAGAGAAGCCGUGCAGCCACCCGCCCACCACGCAAAAAUGCGCUUACCAGCAAGAUCCAAAAGCUAACCGAUUAACCUACAGCAAAUACCUGGACUCUCACUUGAAACCUUAUCGAUGCAAGCAUGUCUCCUGCGUGGACAACCAGCUGCGUUUCUCCUCGAACGCAUGCCUCUUCCGCCACGAGCGUGAAGCCCAUGGAAUGCACGGCCACGGAGAAUGCCCCCACCUGUGCCUUUUCGAGGGAUGUGAACGAUCCGUGCCUGGAUUUGGAUUCCCCCGUAGAUGGAACCUGCACGACCACAUGAAGCGUGUGCACGACUACACCUCUUCCGACCGUCACAGCUCGCCUGAGGCCUCGCCGCCCGGCAUCCCAGCCAAGAAGAAGGAUCCAUCGUCCAACCGCAAGAGGAGAGGAGUCACGGGCGCCACCCCGGCUCCAACCAUGAAGCGCACCCGCUCGGUCCACUCCCAGACCGGUCUCGCCAAGGCUUCCCAAGCCACUGCCCAUAACGGCCAGCGUCUCCAGAACGCCGAGCGCAACUACUACAAGUGCCGCGCCCGUCUGGUUGAUGAACUUGCCAAGAUCACCCCACAGGACACCUCCAUGCAUGAGAAGGUCAAUGCCAGCCUUCAGGAACUGUACACCCUGGGCCUGCAGUACCGCCACCUUGAGGCCGGCCAUGCCGUUUCCCAGAUGCCCAACGGACUUCCCGCGUGA